AUGGCAAUUUUCUUGCAGAUUAUAGGGCAUAAUCAGCGUCUUCGCGUAAUGAAGAGUAGAUUUCAACACUCUUCACAAACAAUUCAUGUAUAUUUUCACGAAGUGUUGAGUGCAAUGAUGAAUAUGGCAAGAGAGAUAAUAGUGCCUACAACAUUUGACCCGAAUCCAAAUAUUUCGGCAAGUUUUAGGAGGGAGCAGUUGGUGCACUUGAUGGAACACUCGUACACGCCAUUGUCCCAAUUUCAAAACAAACUAUGCUGGGAAGGGGUAACACAUGAUUCAAGAGUUUUAACAGAAACAAUUGCUGAUCCGAGAAACGGUUUUCCAUGGCCUCCCGCUGGUAAAUACUAUCUUUGUGAUGCUGCAUACACACAUACAAGAGGAUUUAUGGCUCCAUAUCGUGGUGUACGAUAUUGGUUAGGAGACUAUCGUCGUAGGCGUGCUUUGACCAAAGAAGAAAAAAUUAACCAUGCUCAUGCUCAACUAAGGAACGUCAUUGAACGAACUUAUGGAGUUCUGAAAAAUAGAUUUCCAAUUUUAGAAACGAUGGCCCAUUUUUCAUUUGACGUGCAGAGAAAUAUAGUGAUUGCUUGUUUUGCGGUGCAUAAUUUUAUAAGAAAAGAGCGUAUUAGUGAUAGAUUUUUUGAGGAGCUUGAUCAACCCAAUGUGCCUUUUGAUGGUGCGAAUGAGGAUGGAAAAGAUCAUGAGAAUGAUGGUACAACAACCGGACCAUGGUGGGGGGAGGAAGACAUGCAGUAUAUGGCAAAUGUCUGUGAUGAGAUAGCAACUCGGUUGAUGCAUUGA